UCCCGGCUCGGUGCUCCCGCUCGCUCAGUUCUCGCUCCAUGUUCCACACCGCGGCCUCGCUCCCCCGCGAGAGCCAGGCAGCGGCCGCAGCGCGCACACGCGCGCCCCGCGUCUCCCGCGCCCGGCUCUCCCCACGAGCGCGCCCCUCGCGCACAGUCUCACGUUCGUUCCCCCUCGCGCGCCGGGCUCUCGGCGGUAGCGGCAGCAGCGGGCAGACCGCGCGGGGAAGCACCGUAGCGGUAGCUACAGGCUGGCCGGCCGGCCAUGGAGGCGGAUGGGGCCGGCGAGCAGAUGAGACCGCUACUCACCCGGGGUCCUGAUGAAGAAGCUAUUGUGGAUCUUGGCAAAACCAGCUCAACUGUGAACACCAAGUUUGAAAAAGAAGAACUAGAAAGUCAUCGGGCUGUAUAUAUUGGUGUUCAUGUCCCAUUUAGUAAAGAGAGUCGUCGGCGUCAUAGGCAUCGUGGGCAUAAACAUCACCACCGGAGAAGAAAAGAUAAAGAAUCAGAUAAAGAAGAUGGACGAGAAUCUCCUUCUUAUGAUACACCAUCCCAGAGGGUUCAAUUUAUCCUUGGUACUGAGGAUGAUGAUGAAGAACAUAUUCCCCAUGAUCUCUUCACGGAAAUGGAUGAACUAUGUUAUAGAGAUGGAGAAGAAUAUGAAUGGAAAGAAACUGCCAGAUGGCUGAAAUUUGAAGAGGAUGUUGAAGAUGGCGGUGACCGAUGGAGUAAACCUUAUGUGGCAACUCUUUCUUUGCACAGUCUUUUUGAACUAAGGAGUUGCAUCCUAAAUGGAACAGUCAUGCUGGAUAUGAGAGCAAGCACUCUAGAUGAAAUAGCAGAUAUGGUAUUAGACAACAUGAUAGCCUCUGGCCAAUUAGAUGAGUCCAUACGAGAGAAUGUCAGAGAAGCUCUUCUGAAGAGACAUCAUCAUCAGAAUGAAAAAAGAUUCACCAGUCGGAUUCCCCUUGUUCGAUCUUUUGCAGAUAUAGGCAAGAAACAUUCUGACCCUCACUUGCUUGAAAGGAAUGGGGAAGGCCUUUCAGCCUCCCGCCACUCUUUGCGAACAGGUCUAUCUGCCUCAAACCUUUCAUUGAGAGGAGAAUCGCCUUUAUCUCUUCUUCUCAGUCAUCUUCUUCCUUCUUCAAGAGCUGGAACCCCUGCAGGCUCGAGGUGUACAACCCCAAUACCCACCCCUCAAAACAGUCCUCCUUCCAGCCCUAGCACCAGUCGCCUGGCCUCCAGAAGUUGCCAGCAGAGUCAGCUUCAGGCCCCAGAACUACUGGUUUCACCUGCCAGUGAUGAUAUUCCCACAGUAGUAAUUCAUCCGCCUGAGGAAGACUUAGAAGCACUGCAAGGCCAGGACCAGAAGAAUGAGGAAAAUGUUGACUUAAUUCCAGGUAUUUUGGCCUCUCCACAGUCUGCUCCGGGAAACUUGGACAAUAGUAAAAGUGGAGAAAUUAAAGGUAAUGGAAGUGGAGGAAGCAGAGAAAAUAGUACUGUUGACUUCAGCAAGGUUGACAUGAAUUUCAUGAGAAAAAUUCCUACGGGAGCUGAGGCAUCCAAUGUCCUGGUAGGAGAAGUAGACUUUUUGGAAAGACCUAUAAUUGCGUUUGUGAGACUGGCUCCUGCUGUCCUCCUUACGGGGUUGACUGAGGUCCCUGUUCCCACCAGGUUUUUGUUUUUAUUAUUGGGUCCAGCAGGCAAGGCACCACAAUACCAUGAAAUUGGAAGAUCAAUAGCCACUCUGAUGACAGACGAGAUAUUUCAUGAUGUAGCUUAUAAAGCAAAAGACAGAAAUGACCUCUUAUCUGGAAUUGAUGAAUUUUUAGAUCAAGUAACUGUCCUACCUCCAGGAGAGUGGGAUCCUUCUAUACGCAUAGAGCCACCAAAAAGUGUUCCUUCCCAGGAAAAGAGAAAGAUUCCUGUGUUUCACAAUGGAUCUGCCCCCACGUCAGGCGAGACUCCUAAAGAGGCCGCUCAUCAUGCUGGGCCUGAGCUACAGAGGACUGGACGGCUUUUUGGUGGUUUGAUACUUGACAUCAAAAGGAAAGCACCUUUUUUCUUGAGUGACUUCAAGGAUGCAUUAAGCCUGCAGUGCCUGGCCUCGAUUCUUUUCCUAUACUGUGCCUGUAUGUCUCCUGUAAUCACUUUUGGAGGGCUGCUUGGAGAAGCUACAGAAGGCAGAAUAAGUGCAAUAGAGUCUCUUUUUGGAGCAUCAUUAACUGGGAUUGCCUAUUCAUUGUUUGCUGGGCAACCUCUAACAAUAUUGGGGAGCACAGGUCCAGUUCUAGUGUUUGAAAAAAUUUUAUUUAAAUUCUGCAGAGAUUAUCACCUUUCCUAUCUAUCUUUAAGAACCAGUAUUGGUCUGUGGACUUCUUUUUUGUGCAUUGUUUUGGUUGCAACAGAUGCAAGCAGCCUUGUGUGUUAUAUUACUCGAUUUACAGAGGAGGCUUUUGCAGCUCUCAUUUGUAUCAUAUUCAUCUAUGAGGCUUUGGAGAAGCUCUUUCAUUUAGGAGAAAUAUAUGCAUUUAAUAUGCACAACAACUUAGAUGAACUGACCAGCUACUCAUGUGUGUGUACUGAACCUUCUAACCCUAGCAAUGAAACUCUAGAGCUGUGGAAUAAAGAGAAUAUAACAGCACACAAUAUUUCCUGGGGAAAUCUCACUGUUUCUGAAUGUAAAACAUUUCAUGGUGUGUUUGUAGGAUCAGCUUGUGGACACCAUGGCCCUUAUAUUCCAGAUGUGCUCUUUUGGUGUGUCAUCUUAUUUUUCACAACAUUUUUUCUGUCUUCAUUCCUCAAGCAAUUUAAGACCAAACGUUAUUUUCCUACCAAGGUGCGAUCAACAAUCAGUGAUUUUGCCGUAUUUCUCACCAUAGUAAUAAUGGUUUCAAUUGACUACCUUGUAGGAGUUCCAUCUCCUAAACUUCAUGUUCCUGAAAAAUUUGAGCCUACUGAUCCAAACAGGGGCUGGAUCAUAAGCCCAUUGGGAGAUAAUCCUUGGUGGACAUUAUUAAUAGCUGCUAUUCCUGCUCUGCUUUGUACCAUUCUCAUCUUUAUGGAUCAACAAAUUACAGCUGUAAUCAUAAACAGAAAGGAGCACAAAUUGAAGAAAGGAGCUGGCUAUCACCUUGAUUUGCUCAUGGUUGGUGUCAUGUUGGGAGUUUGCUCUGUCAUGGGACUUCCGUGGUUUGUGGCUGCAACAGUGUUGUCAAUAAGUCAUGUCAACAGCUUAAAAGUUGAAUCUGAAUGUUCUGCUCCAGGGGAACAACCCAAGUUUUUGGGAAUUCGUGAACAGCGGGUUACAGGGCUAAUGAUUUUUAUUCUAAUGGGCCUCUCUGUGUUCAUGACUUCAGUACUAAAGUUUAUUCCAAUGCCUGUUCUGUAUGGUGUUUUCCUUUAUAUGGGAGUUUCCUCAUUAAAAGGAAUCCAGUUUUUUGACCGUAUUAAAUUAUUUGGAAUGCCUGCUAAGCAUCAGCCUGAUUUGAUAUACCUCCGUUAUGUGCCUCUCUGGAAGGUCCAUAUUUUCACAGUCAUUCAGCUUACUUGUCUGGUUCUUUUGUGGGUGAUAAAAGCUUCAGCUGCUGCAGUAGUUUUUCCCAUGAUGGUUCUUGCAUUGGUUUUUGUACGCAAGGUCAUGGACUUGUGUUUCACAAAGAGAGAACUUAGUUGGCUUGAUGAUCUCAUGCCAGAAAGUAAGAAAAAGAAAGAAGAUGACAAAAAGAAAAAAGAGAAAGAGGAAGCUGAACGAAUGCUUCAGGAUGAUGAUGAUACUGUGCACCUUCCUUUUGAAGGAGGAAGUCUCUUGCAAAUUCCAGUCAAGGCUCUAAAGUAUAGUGUUGAUCCCUCAGUUGUUAACAUAUCAGAUGAAAUGGCCAAAACUGCACAGUGGAAGGCACUUUCCAUGAAUACUGAGAAUGCCAAAGUAACCAGAUCUAACACGAGCCCUGAAAAACCUGUGAGUGUGAAAAUAAAUAUUGAAGAUGAACCAAGAAAGAAAUACCUGGAUGCUGAAACUUCAUUAUAGAAUUGAACCAAGAGAAAUUAUAUAGAGAGAGAUAUAUAGAUAUAUACAUAUAUGAUGUGUGUGUAUGAUGUCAUUAUAUAACAAUAUUGUAUGUCAUGCUAUUUAUGCAUGACUACUGUUUUUUUUUUUUAAGUAGUGUCUGAAGUUUGUUAUGAGCACCAUGGAGAUUCUGUAUAUAAUGAAAUGGUCUCUUAGAAGUGAGGUACAUGAUUCUUACUAUUCAAAUAUUUAUUCUGUUGGAAAAAUUUUUUUCUAUUCUACAAUAGAGAAAUGUGGAGAAAUACUUUCAGUCUACUUUUCUUAAAUCUCUUUGUUCAUCAGUUGCAAUUCAUAUCAACCUUAAGUGAUAUGUACUUUUAUAUAUUUAUAGUUUUUACAUGAGUUUCUAAAGAUUUUUACAUAUUAUUUCACUUUUGUUAGUGCUUUAUGGGAAGAACAGGGAGUCUUUAUGCCAGUGCUAUGGGAAAAAUGGUAACAUGUCAUGCUUUUCUCUGUGUUUCAGUUCUAUAGAUGUCUAUUAUGUUUCACAAAUGAUGGCAUUUUUUUUGGCCAUAGAAGUGAAUGUAGAACAAUGGAAACUUUCUAAAUAAGAACUAUAGUUUUUAACCUUUAUGUUUUAGAAAAUGUUUUAAAUUUUUAAAGCUCGUAUCUAUAUUUCCAUUGUGAUAAGUAAAAUUGCAGGUGAUUUUAUAAUUGAACACCCAUACCAGUCAUAACUUGAUGAAUUUUAAAAGCUGUAAAAUGUCAAUUUGCAAUAGUUAACUUUUGUUGCCUUUGUAGAAUUUUUUUUCUGAAUCCUUACACUCUUUUAGAGCCUAUAAUUCCCAUUGUGUUUUCUGCCUUUGCUCUCUUUGUCUUACUGGUUUAGUUUGUAUCAGGCUCAAGUUCUUGAUUAUUUUUCUAUUAUAAGUAGUGUGAUUCAAUAAUCAGGAGUCAGAAUUCUCUCAAGUGUGGGUUUAUGAUCAGUAUUACUUUAUUAAGAAUUACUUGCAUUUUCUGUUGUUAUUUUAUUGUGUAGAUUAUAUUUAAUAGAUUGUUGCCUGUGAUUUUAUUUUAAAAUAUUAUAUUUAUUUUAAUUGAUAUGCUCAAAUAUUCUAUAAACAUUUGAAAAGGUAACAUAUAGAGUAAAUUGUUCAUGUAAAUAGUUGGUGCUCACUUGCAUUUAUGUUCAUUAUCUGAAAGCAGUUAAGAUUUUAGAUCUUUGAUAUAAAGCACUGCCAUAUUUGUAUUUUAAAAGGAAAUUAGACAUUUUAUGUUUAGCUCAGAUUGAUGGCAUUCUUCCUGUUUGGUGUUAAUAUUUGUUAGUUUUUGCUUUUCUGAGCUGUAUUUUUAACUUCUAGCAAAUCUUUUUAGUCAUCUUUUACUCUUAGCUCCACAUAAAAUAAAUAAAUGUUCUUGUUAAGCCUGUAGGACUGGAUGAAUGGGGUUAUGAAACUGAUUUGGAAAGAAAAUAAUUUACAGAAAUCUAAUGAAUAUUGAGAAGCCACAGAAAUAUCAAAAAUGGUAACAUGAAUAUUAGGGUGAAAAUUUUAAUGAAAUUCCAGUGCUCUCUCUAACCAUUUAAAAUUAAACACAAAAGUGUGAAGAAUUGAUCUUUUAGAGGAUCAUGAGGAAUGCCAAAAGCUGAUAUUUUAGCAAUUGUGGUGUUUUUAAUUCAUUCUAAACUACUUAUUAACUAAUGUAAUUUCCUCAUCUGAGACCAUAUUGUGAGAUUCUAAUUAAAAUGAUGGAUUCAACUUUUGCCUCAGAUGAGAGGUUGGAAAUGUAGCUGCUUUUCUUUAGAAAAUAUAGCUGAUAUCAUUUGGUACUGCCUAAAAAAGAGUUAGACUCUGUUGGCAAUUGAUAGAGUAUUACCCAUGGUGCUUAUGAUUGUUUAUGAGCUUCCAUUGAAGUGAUUCUUUUUUAUUCAUAGCAGCAUAAUCCUUUCCGAAGACCCCAGUAUUUGCUGCUAUUUUUUAAAGUCCCCUGAUGUACCUGAACAAGAGGAUUUCCUCACAUCAUUUCCUUGUGUCUGGACAUCAAAGGGUUAAUAACUGUACUUAUUUUACAGGAAGUGGUUUUAAAAUUUAAACUGAAAACUACCUGGGAUCAUAGUGUCUCUGUGAUUUUAUUUAAUUAUGUAUAAUAAUUAUCCAGUGCCAGAAAAACCAUAACUUGCAAAAUACUUUGCUCUCAAAAUGUUUUUACCAUGCUUCUAAUUGUUAAUGGUUUCUGCUUUCUUUUGAUUACUUGACUUACAAAAUGAUCUGAUAUGACUACUCCAUUGAAGAGCAAAGGUAACUCAUGUUUAAGUCAUUAACUGCUUGUUUUAAGUGGUUAUGAUAUUUCUUCCACUAUUUUGAAAAAUAACAAUCAUGAAUAGCAUUCAUUUGCAAGACAGUGAAAGAUACAAUUUACUACAUAUGUUGAUUUUUAAAUGUUGCCUUAAAUAGGUGUAUAUAAGCAGUAGUAAUUGCUAUGUACUGAUUUACCUCAAGGUGCAAAAUAAUUAAAACUGUACAUAUUCCAUUUACAAAAUAAAUUCAAAUAAACAGUCCUGCACUUUCUUAGAUGCCUUGAUUCCCAAAAUGGAGCUUAGUGCUACUGAAUACCCUGGCCACAGAGCCACCUCAGGAUAUUCUUUUCUCCAUCCUAUUUUAUUUAUUUAUAGAUGUCUGUUUACAAAGACUGUAGUAAAUCCUGAUGCUGACCACAUGAAAUUUAGUUUCUUCUGAAUGCUGUUUCAAUCUAAAAUUAAGCAGCUUUUGAGAAAAUAAUGAAUUGACUUCCUUCCUUAUGAUAAAAGGAUGAUUCUGUAUAUUCUUUAAUAAUAUUAGACAUGCCCAGGUGAAGCACACCAUCUUUCAGAAGAGUGUGUGUGUGUGUGUGGUGUGUGUGUUUAUGAAUGUAUGUGUGUGAGAGUGUUAGCAGUCUUAAAUCUCUUACGUUGUUUAAGAAAGCUUUGGUGUACCAGUGUUCAUGUUUGCCAAGUCUUCUGUAAAAAUGUGUAGGACAAAAUUUUUAUGUGCUGAUGCGUAUAUAAUAUUUAUAAUGCAGAUUUGUUUACCACUUAAAAUUAUAACUUUUGUUUUUCUCUAUCCAAAAAAGCAUUUCUGUUUCUUCCACAUACUCAAAAUUUCUGUGUGAGUAUAAUAGCUUUCUAACUUUUACCUUUCACAAAGGCAGGUUCAGAAUUCCAUAAAAAGACAAAUGCCCGCUGAAACUGAGGUGUAACACCAGAGCUUGCUUUGUUUAAAGGAUUAUAUCAUGUACAUCAGUUCUGUAAAUGUGCUCAACAGUUUAACAUGUGAAUACUGUUUUAAAGUGCUCAGAUUUCAGAUGUGUAAGCCAUUGAUACAACAUUGUAACUCAAAAUGUUUAUAUUAAAUAACUUAAUGUUUUAAAUUUAUUUAUGUAGAUCACAUGAUUGUUACAUAUGCAGUGAAAAUAUGUGAAAUGUCUUUUGGUUUAUUCCAACAAUUAUUUAUUUUUUAGCAAGUAAAUUUAAAGACUUCAAGGACAUUCAAAGUUUAAAAUAGUGUUCAAAUUGCAAUAUUUAGCGAUUUUAAUGUAAAAUCUUUUUCCUAACUUUUCAAAAAGUAAAAUGUCAGUUUUAGGAAAACAUAGUUGGAAAUGGAAUCUAAAGAUCGUUUUUAAAUUAAUUUAAUUAGCACAUAUUGACUUCAACAUUUGACUUGGAGUAAUUGUUAAACCCCAGUUUUGUUUUGUUUUUUUAAAUCAGAUUUUUUUGCACAUUGAUUGCUUUUUUUAUUGUGACUUUUCUUUUGUUGCUUUAUUAUUCAAGGUUUUGUUUUUUUUUUUUUUCCGGGGGGAGGUUGUCUUCUAAUGUUUACUAUGUUUAAAUAAGCAAAAAUUGAAUUUUAUUGUUCAUUUAUAUAAUAUUUGAUACCAUGGUAUAAUUUCACAGUACAAUUCCAAUUUUUAUGACUUUUAUAAUUACACUGAUAUUUUCUUUUGUAAUAAAAUCCAAAGUAAAUUAAACAUUUAAAUUGUAGAACUGUUAUUUUUCAUUUAUAUGAAGUACAAGUCUCUACUGAGUCUAUAAUGUGAAUGAUCCUGCCUUUCAAAUUUGUUUCAUAAUUGUUAGAGGAAAACUAUUUUUUUGGAGAUGUAUUAAAGUUGAUUGAGCAAUAAAAGUCUACUUAAUUAGU